AUGAUCCAGAUUUCGCAUCUGCUAAAUGGUUGUUACAGCCAUUGCUCUGUGGUGAUAAUGCGUGGAUUGACAUGCAGUGUAGGAAGAGUAGUAUUUGGGCCUUUUGCUUGUAACCUGAUUGAACACUAUUUAUCAGUGGGGUUCCACUGGGGUUUUGGCUAUGCAAUGACAUGGACCCCCACAAUGACCAUGCUGGGCUUGUACUUUGAGAAAAGGCACCCAUUGACAAAUCCAGCAGAGGAGGAAGUCUUCCCCCUGAAAUUGCUACCAAAAGACGACUCGAGAGGAUGCAAACCAAGUUGCCUUGAGGAACUGAGAAUAUAUGAGGGGUCUGAACAGGAAGUAAUUAAGGCAUGUCUUCAAGACCCUGAAAAGAUACCUAAACAAAAAAAACUUAAAAGGAUGAACUACUCUCACUACGUGGAUUUAAUUGCCAAUGCUCAAUUCAUGGUCUACUAGAUGUUUGAGGUGUUUGCUGCACUGUGUUUCUUUGCCCCCCUCUGUUCCAAAUGCUUACAGUAUGGGAUUCAGGAGUAACAGCCAGCUGCACUCAUGUCCAUCUCUGCAGUGCUGGACCUGUUUAGAGGAGUGUUCUUUAGCUGCCUGGCAAACUUGUGGCUGACCACCUGACUGGUGCAGCAGCUGACAGCUACAGUGAUUUUGCUGGGUACUGUGUUACUCCUCUGCCCCUUGGCCUCCUCAUUCCUCCUCAUCACUAUGCUGACUGAAUUUGUGGAUGUCGACAGGCUCAUAGGAGCGCUUGGGUUCUAUAUGGUCAUACACAGUAGGGGAGGCCGGCUUGGACCACCCAUUGCAGGAUUCUUCAUAGAAAAGAUGAAUGAUUACAGGAUAGGUUUCCUUAUGGCAGGAGUGGCUCUCAUUGCCUCUGCUCUGCUCCUGCUUCUUCUUUAUCAAAUGAACCGCGGGGUCAGGGGUCAGGGGUCAACUACCAAAAACCACAAUAUACAUAUUGACAGGAUGGAACCAUUUGUCAGAGAUGAAGCCAAACAGCUGGGCAUGAUAUGA